GUGUUCCUGUAGCAGCCACUGAUCCUGCCUACAUUUUUGACCGUGGUUGUGGGUUGAAAGAGAGACGGAGGGAGCAGGAAUCCUUAGAUCCAGGUAAUAUGCACGUGUCACUGGCCGAAGCCCUGGAAGUGCGUGGAGGACCUUUGCAGGAAGAAGAAAUAUGGGCUGUACUGAAUCAGAGUGCUGAAAGCCUUCAAGAGUUAUUCAGAAAAGUAAAUAUAGCAGACCCCGCUGCCCUCGGCUUCAUCAUUUCUCCCUGGUCUCUGCUGCUCCUGCCAUCCGGCAGUGUUUCGUUCACGGAUGAAAAUGUUUCCCAUCAAGACCUGCGAGCGUUCACAGCCCCCGAGGUUCUCCAAAACCAGUCGCUGUCUUCUCUCUCGGAUGUUGAGAAGAUACAUAUUUAUUCACUUGGCAUGACACUCUACUGGGGAGCUGAUCAUGAAGUUCCUCAGAGCCAGCCCAUCAAGCUCGGCGACCAUCUGAACAGCAUAUUGUUGGGCAUGUGUGAAGAUGUCGUUUAUGCCCGAGUUUCAGUCCGCACGGUCCUGGAUGCUUGCAGCGCCCACAUCAGAAACAGCAACUGCGCCCCUUCGUUCUCCUAUGUGAAACAGCUGGUGAAACUUGUCUUGGGAAGCCUUUCUGGGGAGGACCAGCCCUCCAGCAGCAGCGAGCAGACACUGCAGCCUGAUAGAAGUCAAGCCAUUCGGGACCGACUGAGAGGAAAGGGACUCCCAACAGGGAGAAGCUCAACCUCUGAUAUUCUAGAUGCCCCCAAGUCUCCAUUCUCUCCACAGACCUUCCUUAACAAAGGGCUCAGUAAGUCUAUGGGCUUCUUGUCCAUCACACAUACGCAGGGUGAGGAAGAUUUUUUCAAAGACGUUUCCUCAGAUUACAACUCCGGGCGUGAAAACGUAGCGGCCACCCGCUGCCCUUAUCAAUAUAAAUCAGAUGACCCGGAAGGAAAAGGAAACCUCAGCAUUGAUGUACUUCACAAGCGGAAGAUUUGGGCUUCCUCCACGGACCUUCUUAGCGCUUCUGACCCCACAAAUGAUGGAGACCCCCUCCUCCCUGGGGAGAGCAGCAGACCCCGCCGCUGUCUCCCUGAGGCCCACGCCGUAAGGACUUCCACUACCCCCCGGAGUAAAGAGGCAAGGUACUCUGACGGGAGCAUUGCCCUGGAUGUCUUUGGUCCUCAGAAAGUGGACCCGAUUCGCCAGCUUCCAGAAAUAACCACCUCUUCAGCAAUAUCAAGUGCUCUGGACAGAAUCCGAGAGAGGCAGAAGAAACUUCAGGUGCUGCGGGAAGCUAUGAAUGUAGAAGAACCAAUUCGAAGAUACAAAACUUAUCACAGUGAUGUCUAUAGCACUUCCAGUGAAAGUCCAUCUAUUAUUUCCUCUGAACCGGAUUUCAGACAAGUGAGGAGGAGUGAAGCUUCAAAGAGAUUUGACUGCAAUAGUGGUUUGCCAGAAGUAGAUGAAACUUCUUCGAGUCAACAAAGACCAAGCAGGCAGUAUGAAACAUCCCAUGAAGGCAACCUGAUUAGUCAAGAAAUCAUGCUGAAACGCCAGGAAGAGGAAAUGAUGCAACUUCAGGCGAGAAUGGCCCUGAGACAGUCUCGGCUAAGUCUCUAUCCAGGAGACACGAUCAAAGCGUCCAUGCUUGACAUUUCCCGGGACCCCCUGAGAGAGAUGGCCCUGGAGACGGCCAUGACCCAACGAAAACUGAGGAAUUUCUUUGGACCGGAGUUUGUGAAAAUGACGGUUGAACCAUUUAUCUCUUUGGAUCUUCCUAGGUCUAUCCUUACCAAAAAGGGGAAAAAUGAGGAUCCGCGAAGGAAAGUCAGUGUAAUGCUCCUGAGCGGUCAGAGGCUAGAAUUGACCUGUGACACCAAAACGAUAUGUAAAGAUGUCUUCGACAUGGUCGUGGCCCACAUUGGUUUGGUGGAGCAUCACUUAUUUGCCUUAGCCAGCUUAAAAGAAAAUGAAUAUUUUUUUGUGGAUCCUGAUCUAAAAUUAACCAAAGUGGCUCCAGAGGGGUGGAAAGAAGAACCAAAGAAAAAGAGCAAAAUGGCCGUCAAUUUUACCUUGUUUUUCCGAAUUAAAUUUUUCCUGGAUGAUGUUAGUUUGAUACAACAUACCCUCACCUGCCACCAGUACUAUCUCCAGCUCCGGAAAGAGAUCUUAGAGGAGAGGAUGCACUGUGAUGACGAGACUUCCUUACUGCUGGCAUCUCUGGCCCUCCAGGCUGAGUAUGGAGAUUACCAGCCAGAGGUCCAUGGAAUGUCUUACUUUAGACUGGAACAUUACUUACCAGCCCGAGUGAUGGAGAAAUUGGACCUCUCCUACGUGAAAGAAGAGCUGCCCAAACUGCACAGUACCUAUGUGGGUGCUUCUGAAAAAGAAACAGAAUUAGAAUUUUUAAAGGUGUGUCAAAGGCUGACAGAAUAUGGGGUCCAUCUUCAUCGAGUGCUCCCAGAGAAGAAGUCUCAAACUGGGAUUCUGCUCGGGGUCUGUUCAAAGGGCGUCCUCGUGUUCGAGGUUCACAAUGGAACCCGCACUCUGGUUCUUCGCUUCCCAUGGAGAGAAACCAAGAAGAUUUCAUUUUCUAAAAAGAAAAUCACAUUGCAAAACACCUCUGACGGCAUAAAGCACGCCUUCCAGACGGAUACCAGUAAAAUUUGCCAGUACCUCCUCCAGCUCUGCUCUUCCCAGCACAAGUUCCAGCUGCAGAUGCGAGCAAGGCAGAGCAACCAGGAUGCUCAGGAUCUUGAGAGAGCUUCGUUUAGGAGCCUGAAUCUCCAAGCAGAGUCUGUUAGAGGAUUUAAUAUGGGGCGUGCGGUCAGCACGGGCAGUCUGGCCAGCAGCACGCUGAACAAGCUUGCACUUCGACCUUUGUCAGUCCAAGCCGAGAUUCUGAAGAGACUGUCCUGCUCGGAGCUGUCGCUUUAUCAACCCCUCCAAGGCAGUUCGAAGGAGAAGAGCGACAAAGCUUCAUGGGAGGAGAGACCCCGAGGGAUGAGUAAAUCGUACCAUGACCUCAGUCAGGUCUCCCUCUACCCUCAUCGGAAAAAUGUCCUUGCCAACAGGGAUUCCCCACCACGCACCAUUGAGGAGUUGGUGGGAAAGCCAUCGCACCAGAUGGCAAGAUCCGAUACCGAAUCCGUGGCAGGGUUCCCGAGAAUCAAUAAUUCAAAGUCUGUUGCAAGUUUAAGUAGAAGCCUUGAAAGGAGGAAACAUGAAUCAGACUCAUCAUCCAUUGAAGACACUGGUCAAGCAUAUGUUGUAGGAAUUAGUAUGCAUAGUCCUGGAAGUGCUGCAUCCAAAUCGCCUUUGAAAGAAAAUGAUGUGCUGCAGAAAAGAUGGAGCAUUGUGUCUUCACCAGAAAGAGAGAUUACCUUGGUGAAAUUAAAAAAAGACCCAAAAUAUGGUUUAGGAUUUCAGAUCCUCGGUGGGGAAAAGACAGGAAAACUGGAUCUGGGGGUGUUUAUCAGCUCAAUAACUCCUGGGGGGCCGGCUGACUUGGGUGGCUGUUUAAGACCAGGAGACCGUUUGAUAUCUGUGAACAGUGUGAGCCUGGAGGGUGUCAGCCACCUAGCAGCAGUAGAAAUUUUGCAGAAUGCUCCUGAAGAUGUGACCCUUGUCAUCUCCCAGCCAAGAGACAAGGUCUCCAAAGCAUCUUCUCCCCCAGCUCACCUUUCCAAUGGAUCCAAAAGCUUCCCAAAGAGGCUCUUGUCCCUGCAGAACAAUGAUCCAGAAUCCUCUUCAGAAGAAAAGCAUCGGCCACCCAAUUCCCACCAGAGGCCCCUCUUAGGGACUUCUACUGGAUUGGUAACGGGCAAAAGGGAGGGAAGCCUGAGCUCCCAGGAUUCCAGGACUGAAAGUGCCAGCCUGGCCCAGAGCCAAGCCAAUGGCUUCUUUGCAGGCCACGUGGGGGACAGAGGCCUGGCGGAAGUUCCCCACGGCAGCCCCUCACCCUCCAUCAUUUCCAAAGCCAGCGAGAAGAAGCGGACCUCUACCGACUGCAGCCGAGGCAAAGCGAAAAAGGCGGGUCUUGCCGAAGCCAUGGAUUACUCAGAUCGAGGGGACUCGGACAUGGACGAGGCAACGUACUCCAGCAGCCAGGAGCAUCGAGCCACCAAAAAGGACUCUGCCUCAAUGAAUACUGCCAACAAAAUGAAUUAUAAAAAGUUUUCUGCAACACCUCUUAAACCUGGAGAUAUCUUUGAGGUUGAACUGGCUAAAAAGGAUAACAGCUUGGGAAUAAGUGUCACGGUACUGUUUGACAAGGGUGGCAUAAAUACCAGCGUCAGACAUGGUGGCAUUUAUGUGAAGGCCAUUAUUCCCAAGGGGGCAGCAGAGUCUGAUGGUCGAAUUCACAAAGGAGACCGAGUCCUGUCUGUCAACGGGGUCAGUCUGGAAGGUGCCACCCAUAAGCAAGCCGUGGAGACGCUAAGGAACACAGGGCAGGUGGUUCAACUGAUACUAGAAAAGGGGCAGCUUCCAGUGGCCAGAGUACAUGCUCCUGUCACCCCACAGUUCACUCCCCCAUGUCAGGCCGGCCAGAACCAACCUCCAGAUAAACCUGCAAAAAAAUCUGCUAACAGUACAGACUACAGUUUUGUUACGGAAGAAAAUACAUUUGAAGUAAAAUUGCUAAAAAAUAGCUCCGGGCUGGGAUUUAGCUUUUCCCGUGAAGAUAAUCUCAUUCCAGAACAGUUGGAUGCCAGCAUAGUGAGGGUGAAAAAGCUGUUUCCUGGGCAGCCGGCUGCUGAAAGUGGGAAGAUUGAGGUUGGCGAUGUCAUCAUGAAAGUGAACGGGGCUUCACUGAAAGGGCUCUCCCAACAGGAUGUCAUAUCAGCCCUGAGGGGAACGUCUCCAGAAGUAUCUCUGCUCAUCUGCAGACCUGCCCCUGGAACACUGCCUGAAAUUGAUCCCUCUCUUUUGACCCCUCUCCACUCCCCACUUCACAUCUUCCCAGACUGCAGCAGAGAAACCAGCCACCCAUCACGUAGGGAGUUCGACUCUAGCUCGGAUGAAAACGAAGCCACCGACAAGGGCAAGAAACGACUCAAGUCUCCGUCUCGGAAAGACAGCUACAGCGACAGCAGUGGGAGUGGGGAGGAAGACCCAACAGGGAUGCCAACCCAGGUGGCCAAUCCCAGCUGGGGCACGGCCCUCCGCCAGACCCUGGGCACCGUGGGGGUACCCACCCCAAGCCGGUAUGAGUCCCCAAGCAUCCAGGAAGACACCUUUCAUUCCAUAUUCUACACUCGUCAGGAACCCCCCAACAAGCCAGAAUUCCAAGAUAGCCAUCCUCCUCCUCCUCCUCCUCCUCCUCCUCCUCUACCUCUGGGCGAAGCGGUUGGGCCCAGCUGUAAGCCGUCAUUGGUGUCUACCUCAUUCAGUUCAGUGGACAGCGCCUCUGUCCAGCCCGCCUCUGAACUAACCGCACAAGGAGGGGCAGCAGCUCCGCAAAACCACGUGGAGAAACAAGUCGAAGAAUAUGAGCCGGAAGUAGAGCUCCAUAUUAGCCUGACCAAGUCAGAGAAAGGGAGCCUGGGCUUCACCGUGACAAAAGGCAAUGAGAGCGUUGGAUGCUAUGUUCACGAUGUCAUUCAGGACCCGGCCAAAGGGGAUGGGAGGCUGCAGCCUGGGGACCGUCUUAUCAAGGUCAAUGAUAUGGAUGUCACUAACAUGACUCACACAGACGCAGUGAACUUGCUCCGAGCUGCCCCGAAGGUGGUCAGAUUAGUGCUCGGACGGGUUCUGGAGUUACCUAAACUCCCAGUAUCGCCUCAUUUGCUUCCCGACAUCACUCUAACAGCUCAUGGAGACGAACUGGGUCUGUCAUUGUCCGGAGGCUACAACAGCCUCUGCCAGUUGCUGUACAUUAGAGAUAUCAAGCCCGGGUCGGCGGCGGCCAGCGAGGGGACCCUCAGGCCCUUAGAUGUUGUUCACUACAUUAAUGGAACCAGCACGGAGGGAAUGACUCUGAAAGAGGCUACGAGAGUGCUGGCAACGUCACUCCCCUCAGUGGUGCUGAAAGCAACAAGGGAUGGUCACCCCGUGGUUCCCACAGCAAAGAGACUCCAUAACUCAAGUCUAAGAUCAGCUACAGCUAACGUUCAUCCCCAUGGAGAUCACUGUGGCAAGACAGAAGUGACACCCAAUUCUUCUCUCCCUGAGGUUAAUGGGGAAAUAACAGUUGAAGUUUCCCGAACGAAGACCGGCAGCAGUGCUUCUUAUCAAACCAUGGGUUCGAUGAACUUGGUUGUGUCCAGAGAGGUUCCUUCCAGUGGCUUCAUCAGUGAGACCUCUGAUUAUUGCAAAUACAGUAAUAACUCAGAAAAUGAGCAGCAAGAGGAUGACAGUUAUGAUGACGAUCCUCAUGAGGAUGAGGUGAUCCAAUCUCUCUUGGAUGUUGUGGAUGAAGAAGCCCAGAAUCUCUUAAACCGCAGCAAUGCAUUGGCAGGCACGUUUCAAGCCAAUGGGAAACUGGCAGAUGAAAAAGCAGAGGACACGGACUGCGAUGGUUCAUCUCUGCCUGAAGACUUUCCUGAGCCCACAAAGAUAAAUGGCUGUGAAGAAUACUGUGAAGAUAAAGUGUUGAGCGACAGAUUACCUCCAAAACCCGUGGGGAAAAAUGUUGACGAAGAUGAAAUUACUUGGGGGAGUGAUGACUUACCAAUUGAAUCAGUAAGCCAGGAGCAUCCUGCUGAAGAUUGUCAUCCGCUUUUGACCAACGAAGAGCUCGCCGCCCUCCCCAUCGUCAGAGUGAUUCCUUCUGGCAAAUAUACUGGCUCGGGUUUGAAAUCGGUCAUUCGGAUGUUGCGGGGUCUCCUGGACCAAGGGAUUCCUUCCAAAGAACUGGAGAAUCUUCAAGAAUUAAAACCUUUGGAUCAGUGCUUGGUUGGACAGACUAAGGAGAACAGGAGGAAGAACAGAUAUAAAAACAUCCUUCCUUAUGAUGCUACGAGGGUACCUCUUGGAGCAGAAGGUGGAUAUAUCAACGCCAGCUUUGUUAAAGUGCCAGUGGGAAAAGAGGACUUUGUGUAUAUCGCCUGCCAAGGACCUCUCCCAACUACAGUCGCAGAUUUUUGGCAAAUGGUUUGGGAACAAAACUCGACCGUGAUUGCCAUGAUGACCCAGGAAGUGGAAGGAGAGAAGAUAAAAUGCCAGCGGUACUGGCCAGACAUCCUAGGCCAAACGACAAUGGUCAACAGUAGCCUCCGGCUUGCCCUCCUGAGAAAGCAGCAGCUGAAGGGCUUUGUUGUUCGAGUCAUGGAGCUAGAAGAUAUUCAUACAUGUGAGGUACGACGCGUUUCUCACCUGAAUUUCACCGCCUGGCCUGACCACGACACACCUUCCCAGCCGGACGACCUGCUCACAUUCAUCUCGUACAUGAGACACAUCCACACGUCGGGCCCGAUCAUCACUCACUGCAGCGCCGGCAUCGGACGUUCCGGAACUCUCAUUUGCAUAGAUGUGGUCCUGGGGCUCAUUAGCCAAGAUCUGGAAUUUGAUAUCUCGGAUCUGGUACGCACAAUGAGGCUGCAGAGACACGGAAUGGUGCAGACCGAGGAUCAGUAUAUUUUCUGCUAUCAGGUGGUCCUGUAUGUUCUACGACGACUUCAGGCAGAUGAAGAACAGAAAGACAGAAAUAAUGGCAUCUAAAAUGCUUAAGGAAAGGGAAGAGUCUCACAUCUUCUAUUUGUUCAAAUAGUUCGUGCCUUAACUCUAUUGACUGUUUCUCUAAUAGUGUCUGUUUAACUUGGAGUAAAUGGUGAAGGAUCAGACAGUUCAGUGCCACUGUAGACAGUCCCCCCGAGAGGGAGGGUUUUCCUGUAUAGCAGUAAAUAGUAUUUAAUAAGCUGCAUUUUUUGCAGCUUCUUUAAUCUAUUAAAAUGUAUUAAAAUUAAUCUAACAAUACCUUCUGCAGUUAUUAAGCUGCCUUUUUUGUGUUUUGACACUGGGGGAAUUAAGGCAGUAUUUUAUCACAGAGGACUUUUGUUACAGGGACAUUUUAUUAGUCUUUUUAUGACAUCAAGCUUGUUUAUGGCAAGUUUCAGUAUUUUAAUUAGGUAGAAUGAUUUUAUAGGGAAUACUUGAAACCAGUAUUUAAGCUUUGAGACAAUUAUCGGCAUAGAAACGGUAGCAAACAUUUACUGUAAUUAUCGGUUUAUAAUGUUUACUUUAUAGAAUUUCCUGUAUAUAUUUUUAUUCUUUUACCUGAAAAAUUGAAUUAUCGGGUGUCUGUCUGAAAUGGAUGUGGCAUCUCCGCUUUGUAAAUAAAAACAGUACUUCAACACACGGCAUACUAAGGGAAAACCAGAUGUGGGUUAAUGAGAUGUUUUCUGUGUGAUUGGGUCAUGGAUGGACCUCAGCCACAUUUGAAAAUAAAUGAUGGAUCGUUGUGGC